AUGGGCUCGUUGCGAGACGAGAAGACAUUAACGAAUGAUCGGAACUCCGUAUCGCCGAUGCUUAUGUGGCCCAUUCUCAGCACGCGAAGGGGCGGAUGGCAGGGAGCUGGCGGCGUGCGCUUACAAGAAAGGAGAGUAAAUCGCGAGGACGCCAGCGCCGCCUCCCGCAUGGUUUGGCGGGAAAACGCGCAGUAUCAGCAACGUCUGCGUCCGCGUCAGCCCUGCCCUGCCCCUGCGAAAGAAGGCUUGGCCAUUCUUCUUGCUAUUCUAGGGACAGACAUUUCAAAUACGUGGGACACGCGUGGAUCAUGGGUGGUUACUUUUAUCUCUGGGGCGAAAUGUGCGGGGAUGUGUCCAAAAAGCGUUCCUGGUCGUGUUCUGCCAAAAGUUCCACCGAGGGCAGGGCUUGGGGGCCGUGAAACAACGAACUUGCAUACCUACCUGCAUUUCUUCCACGACGAACCAUGA